ACCAUGCUACAAAGAAGAAAGAGUGUAGGAGUUCCUCUAGCUCAAGAACUAAACAAUGCAGAAAUCAGGUCAGAUUCUGCGAGUCCUAGACGCAGAUUAUCCAUAAUACAGGGGGAAUCAUCCGUUACUUUGGGAGUGAACGACGAUGCAGCCGAAAGACUUUUACUAAGAAACGGAGCCCAACAUACUCCAUCGGUGAACUCCGAUAGAAGGAGAUCUCUAGGACUGACAUUAAUCGCUCAAAUGUCAUCGACAGAAAUGACUGAUCGUAUCACUCAGUGCAUUAAGCUCAGCAGCGAGAAUAAGAUCAAUACUAAAAAUGCAUUUAGUUUGAAAAUGAUCGACGUCAUGACGUAUAUGAUUAAGAAAAAUGAUUCCAGUAUGGAUGAUCUGCAAGUGGCUUCUACGACGUUAGAUGUAAGCACAAAAAUCUACGGGUUUCGAGUUGACAACGUUCAUGCAGGCAUUUUAAAGAUGACCGGAUGCUUAGGAAAACAAGAUGAAAAUGAUAAGUCAUUGGACGAUGAUACUAAUAAUAAUAAUAAUGAUGAUAAACCAGAAAGCGAAGAUGUAGUUCAAAAGACGAAACGAAAGAACAAAAGAGAAAAGAGAAACAUAAUAGCCACGGUAGAAGCACUUCGAGGGAACGAAGAAGGAGCCAGUCAGAUGGUCCUCAUUAAUUCAGAAGGAACCGAUACACAAACUACCGAUACAUUGUAUCAAACGGUAUUAGCACACCGUACCGAUGUUGAAUAUUUCCUUCAACUUCAUUGUACUGACAUAUUACAGACACUUCCUAAGGAACCCGUGAAUGAGGAUGAUUUCGAAGUACCAUCGAUAAUAAUUGGGGACUUAUCAAAUUUAGAUUUAAAUCCAACACUUGAAGACUUACAAUUGAACGAUAAUAAUGACAAAAACGAAUCACAAGUUCAGGAAAACGAGAGUCAAUAUCAUUUCGACAUAAACGCUUCAAUUCACGAUGAACCUGACAACGCUAGACCUACCUUCUUUGAUAUGGAUAUGGAAGAAAAUGAAGCGACUAUAGAUAGAUGUAAUCAACAACGAAAACAAUUUGAAAAUAUUGUUGAUUUUCAGGAGGUUCUUACAGCUCCUAUAAGCACUAAACAAUUAGAGUAUUCAUACAUUCAAAAAGGAAUUAUCAAAAAUUGGGCUGGACCAGUGUUUUGGAAAUAUCAAGCGCCUAAGUAUGCGAAUUCAAGUGUGGGUAGCAGAGUAGUUGAAGCAUGUCGUCAGGGAGCAGUUAAGAAGAAGAAAGAAAUAGUAUUAGAAGAAAACAGUGAAAUACAAAAUAAAUGUAAGGAAAUGUUUAAACAAGGAAAAAGUACUAAACUGCAAUUAAAAACCUUGAAGCAAUAUUGGCAGAAAGAAAAAGUAAUUUAUCCAGAAGACAUACAUUAUGACAUUUUAAAUCUGUGCAAAUUGUACCAUUACCCUUCGUUGACAUUUUCUUAUCAAAACCAUGAUAACGUUGACACAUCUCAAUUAAAUGACGAAGAAGAGCAAGUGUAUAAUUAUAACAAUGAACACGACAGGUCAAGUUACUGUCCUCUUGCUAAUACCGACAACGAAGGCGACACUAAUGAGUGUGACGAGUUUAGUCCUGCACAGGACACCGAGCCAUGUUCCACGUCUUUAACGGGGGACAACCUUGUAACUGCUCCCAGACUACCAGAAAAUGUAUGCAUCAAAUAUGCAUUGAAAUCGAAAAAUAUUGAUAUGCGUCAACUGAAGCAUGGCAUCUGGAAAUGCUUGACAAAAGAAUUUGAGAAGGAAAGUAUCGAUCCCGAAGAAGCUGAGAAAGAAAACGCAAAUUCGGGAAAUAAAAACAGGCAGGCACAAUUCAGUUCAGUUUAUCGUCAACUGCUCAAAGUGAUGUCCAAAGACAUUGUAGAAGACCUCAGUACCCCUCUCGUCUAUGUUUCUAUGUUACAUCUAGCCAAUGAAAAGAAUUUGUGUAUACAAUCCACCGAAGACAGGUCCAAUUUUAUCAUAUCCGAAGAUACAAGGACUUAGUGUUUCUGACUACGUUCUCUUCAUUCCCACAUGAAAUGGAUGACUCGGUAUCAAGUGCGAUGACAACUUCCUAGAUAACAAACAUGUCACGUCGAGUACUUGAAGAUUAGAAGAAAUCUGCUUCAUGUAAGACUGUCGAUUCCUAAUUUCAAUUUUUGUACGGUAUCUUAACGAUAUGAUUUCAGAUACUUUUGGUAAUUAUGAAAACCGUAUUUUUCCACUUUUCUACGUUACAUAAAGCGACGCCACUUUGUUAAACUACCAUUGUCAGGGUGUGGACGAAAGUUCAUGACACCUAUACGAAAUAAAUAGCCGAUGAAUGAAA